AGUCUGCACUGAAGUUGGGGCAGCCUCGUGAUUCAUGAGAACUGAGGAGACAUUCAGUUCACAACAAAAUACCAGUCUUUUCAGUCUCUCACUCCUAGGUACGUAGGUUCCAACUUCCUACAUAAACCCUUCAUGUCUACGAUCACUACCCAUGUUUCCUUCCAUUCUCCUGUCUUUCCAUUUCCUACCAAAUCUUGUGUCCGGAAAACGGUGUAUUGUGCAUAUAUGGCUACCUCGUCCACUUUUACACCACCCAUUCACUCCACCACCACCGUCGAUGACUGCGGCACCACCACACUCUCCGCCGUCCAUCCGGAUAUUAUUCAGACUAAUAUCUUAACUCGCCUCGACGGGCCCACCCUAGCCUCCGCUGCCUGCACAUCCUCCCAGCUCUAUGCCCUCUCUUCCGAAGAAAACCUUUGGACAAAUAUCUGCAACUCCACCUGGCCUUCAACCAAAACGCUGCGUCUCCUUCAAGUCAUCUCCACGUUCCCCAACGGGUCCCGCUCCUUCUUCUCCGACUCCUUUCCUCUCCUCACCAAUUCGGACUCCACCCCUGCCGCUAAUUAUUCCUCGCUUAAUCCCAAGUACCAUCCGACCGAACUCGUCUCCGCCAUCGAUGUUUACUACAAAGGAAAGGUUGUUUUCUGCAAGGUCAUCGAGACCGAGACCGUGACCGAAUGGUUCCAGCGCUCGCCUUUUCGGCUCGAUCUUCUGGACCCGAAAGACGUCGUCCCAACGCCGAUAAGGUUCAACGGCGGUGAGGAAAUCUGUCGUGAGCUUGCGGAUGACCUUACGCUUAGCUGGAUUCUGAUCGACCCGAACGGACGGCGGGCGGUGAACCUCUCGAGCCACAAGGCGGUCUCGGUGGAGCGGCACUGGCUGAGCGGAGACGUGCACAUACGGUUCGUGACAAUCCUGGCCGGUAAAAGAGGCACCGCCUCGGAGUUGGUGCAGUGCGGGAUUGUGGUAACAUGCGGUGGGUCCGAGGGAGGGGAACUGCUGGUGAGGGAGGUGAGCUUGCAGGUGGAGGACAUGGAUGCGAUGCAUUUGAAUGGGAAGGACAGUUUGGUAAUAUUGAAGAGGAGUUUAGAGGGCGCAAAGGUAAGAAGGGGAAGGAGGGAAUUAGACGAAGGAAGGAAAAGAUACCAAGAGUAUUUGGAGAGGAAGAAGGAGAGGAAAGAGAGAAGGUUGAGGACUGAAGGGGCAUUAGACAUGUUGUGUAUGGCAUUUGGGGUCUUGGUAUUUUCCGGCUUCUGGUUGUAUGUCUUGUGCAGAUAAAGUAAACAUUCCUGAUUCCUCGUAUCUAUUAAAAUUGUGAAAAACGAGUAGAAUGCGAAGAAAAUGAGUUAUUUUGUUGUUGUGAAA